AUAUUGGAGCCCCAAGGGUUCAUGGGUAGCGUAUUUACAAAGGAGCUCUCGCCAGCCCGUGCCACUGCUGCUAAUGAGCGCCGUCAUUAAGUAAAUGAGACGUCGUCGCGGCAGCGAGCUGGCUUCGGAGUCUCACUCUGAGGGGACAAGGUAUUUAAUUGAGCCGCUGGGUCCCCCACAUGUGACCCCGGGAGGAGGCAGCUGCCUUGCUCCAGCUCCUGCACCCCCAUGUAAAUUUCAUGAUUGCUUUCCAUGAUGUCAUUUUGAGCAGGACAGACAAUAGCUGCAGGGAAGAAAAUGAGUUCCGGGGUGAGCUGCUGAACCAGAGGUGGACCCAUAGCGACAAGAACAGCAGCUCCAGGACCUCCCAAAGCCUUCUGGACAGACACCACAAGGGCACUGGACACUCCGGAGCACGCUGCACCAUCUUCCCUCCUGGGUCGUUCUGCAGGAGAGAGAUGAGCUUGGAGAAUGAGGACAAGCGGGGGCGCACGCGGUCCAAGGCCAGCCGAGCACCCCUUGAGACCACAGGCACAGACCUCAGCUGCCCCACCCCGGGCUGCACGGGCUCAGGACACGUCCGGGGAAAGUACUCCAGGCACCGGAGCUUGCAGAGCUGCCCCCUGGCCAAGAAGCGGAGGCUGGGGGGAGCCGAGGCAGAGCACCUGGUGGCCAAGCGGAAGCCGCAGCCCCUGAAGCUGGCUUUGGAUGAGGGAUAUGGUGUGGACAGUGACAGCAGCGAGGACGCCGAGGUGAAGGACGCCUCUGUCUCCGACGAGUCGGAAGGAACUCUGGAGGGGGAUGAGGCGAAGCUGUCCACGCAGGAGGGGACACAGCGCCCUGAGCCAGCUGAAGGAAGGAGCCCAGAUGCGACCCCGUUUGCGCUCAGCCCCCAAGGCAGCCCGGCGAGCGCUCCCAAGGGAGGCUACAGCAGUUACCAGGAGAUCAUCGCCACAUCCCUCCUCCACCUGGGUCGGAUCGCGGAGGGGACUCUAGCUGCUGAGGACCAGGGCCAGCCGGAGGCUGAGGACGGGGCGGCGAGUCGAGAGGGCGAGAAGGACGUCUUCAUUCAGCCCGAGGACGCCGAAGAGGUCGUUGAGGCCACCGGGGAGCAGCCCCAGGAGCUGGGAAGGGAUGUUCUCUCACCUGGUCACCGCGCCCUCUCCUUCCCUUCAGACUCUUCAAGAGCUGAGAAGCGGGAGAUCAAGUGCCCGACUCCUGGCUGUGACGGCACGGGCCAUGUCACCGGCUUGUACCCGCACCACCGCAGCCUGUCUGGCUGCCCCCACAAGGACAGGAUUCCCCCAGAGAUCCUGGCCAUGCACGAGAAUGUGUUGAAGUGCCCCACACCUGGCUGCACGGGGCAGGGCCACGUGAACAGCAACCGAAACACCCACCGCAGUUUGUCCGGCUGCCCCAUCGCUGCUGCUGAGAAGUUAGCCAAAUCCCACGAGAAGCAGCAGCCGCAGCCGGGAGACGCCACCAAAAGCAGCUCCAAUUCCGACCGGAUCCUCAGGCCCAUGUGCUUCGCGAAGCAGCUGGAGACCCCUUCGUACGGGAGCUACCGGCCCAGUGUGGCCCCCAGCACGCCCAGGGUCAACCUGGCCAAGGAGCUGGAGAAGUUCUCCAAGGUCACCUUUGACUACGCAAGUUUCGACGCUCAGGUUUUCGGCAAACGCAUGCUUGCCCCAAAGAUUCAGACCAGCGAGACCUCACCAAAAGCCUUUAAAUGCUUCGACUACUCGCAUGAUGCCGAGGCUGCUCACAUGGCUGCCACAGCCAUCCUGAACCUCUCCACACGCUGCUGGGAGAUGCCUGAGAACCUCAGCACCAAGCCGCAGGACCUGCCAGGAAAGCCCGUGGACAUUGAGGUGGACGAGAACGGGACCCUGGACCUGAGCAUGCACAAGCACCGCCGGCGUGACGGCACCCUCCCCGGCAGCAGCAGCCCGGGCAUGAAGUCACCGGAUGUGGCCCCACGCCAAGGCAGCGCCAGCACCACCAGCAGCUCCAUGACCUCGCCCCAGUCCAGCCAGGCCUCCCGCCAGGAUGAGUGGGACGGGCCCCUGGACUACACCAAGGCCAGUCGCCUGCGUGAGGAGGAGCCGGAGGAGUCUGAGCCAGCAGCCCGUUCUUUUGCUUCUUCUGAAGCAGAUGACCAAGAGGUGUUGGAGGAGAGCUUCGAGGAGCGGAAGUACCCAGGGGAAGUCACCCUGACCAACUUCAAGCUGAAGUUUCUCUCCAAGGACAUAAAGAAAGAGCUGCUCACCUGUCCCACCCCCGGCUGUGAUGGCAGUGGCCACAUCACCGGAAACUAUGCCUCCCACCGCAGCCUUUCUGGUUGCCCUCUUGCUGACAAGAGCCUCAGAAACCUCAUGGCUGCCCACUCUGCUGACCUCAAGUGCCCCACGCCUGGCUGCGAUGGCUCCGGCCACAUCACGGGGAACUACGCCUCACACCGGAGCCUGUCAGGCUGCCCUCGAGCCAAGAAGAGCAGCCUCAAGACCACGCCCACCAAGGACGACAAAGAGGACCCUGAGCUGAUGAAGUGCCCGGUUCCCGGCUGCGUGGGGCUCGGCCACAUCAGUGGCAAGUAUGCUUCUCACAGGAGCGCGUCUGGCUGCCCGCUGGCUGCCCGCAGGCAGAAAGAGGGGUCCCUCAAUGGCCCAUCCUUCUCUUGGAAGUCGCUGAAGAACGAGGGGCCCACCUGCCCUACACCAGGGUGUGAUGGCUCUGGCCAUGCCAACGGGAGCUUCCUCACCCACCGGAGCCUCUCUGGCUGUCCCAGAGCAACUCUUGCUGGAAAGAAGGGAAAACUCUCAGGGGAUGAGAUUCUUAGCAGUAAAUUCAAGACGAGUGAUGUGCUUGAGAAUGACGAGGAGAUCAAACAACUGAACAAGGAGAUCCACGACCUCAGCGAGUCCAACUCAGAGAUGGAGGCCGCCAUGGUGAAGCUGCAGUCCCAGAUCUCCUCCAUGGAGAAGAACCUCCGGACCAUUGAGGAGGAGAACAAGCUCAUCGAGGAGCAGAACUCGGCCCUGCUCCUGGAGCUGUCCGGCUUGAGCCAGGCCCUCAUCCAGAGUCUCGCUGAUAUCCGCCUUCCCCACAUGGAGCCGAUCUGUGAGCAGAAUUUUGAUGCUUACGUGAGCACCCUGACCAACAUGUACACGGACCGCGACUGCUACCGGAACCCGGAAAGCAAGGCCCUCCUGGAGAGCAUCCAACAGGCCGUCAGGGGCAUCCAGGUCUAGUGCGGCCGGCAGGCUGGGGCCCUACUCCCCGGGCCCCACUCUGCCUGUCCGAGGGGGUGCAGGCUUGCGGGGGGUGCGGGCCGAUCCAAAGGGGUGUCUCUGGGCCAGUGCUCCAGAGGCCCGCUGGGGCCCAUGGCCCCUGAGUGUUCCCAAGUGAUGUGCGUUUGCAUUUGGAAUGACAUCUGCAGAGCGGUUCGGAGUCUACCAGGUUCUCAGGGAAGCUUCUGGAGUCAUGCCUCGGUAUUCCUCCUUGCUAGCGGCUGGAGGCCCCCCGCACCUGUGCUGGGCUGCGUGUGCUCGUGCUCCGGCCACCGUGUCAUUUGGUUCCGUUUUGCGUUCCGAACCGAAUAAGCCUGUCCCACGAGGAAAUGGGGGAAUGGGCCUCCCAGAGGCGCUCUGCCUGUGGCCUGGCACCUCGGGAGGCAACUUGGGCCGGCCAAAUCCCAGUGGGAAACUGCAAAGAUUCCAUUUCUUUUUAGAAUCCACUUCAGAUGAAGGAAGGAAGGGGGGAAAAAAAGAGAGGCAAAUUUUAAUUUAACGUGUUAAAAACACAAUGUUCCUACAUGUAAAUAGCGUCCAAAUGGAUUGUGACUGCAAUUCCGAGUUAGUCUUUACAAGUAGAGGCAUUGCUCUUCCUGGAAGAAAUACCAAGUAGUUAGUUUAAUUAUUCUGUAAAUUAUUUAAUUUUGUCACGGUGUAAGUAUAUUCCCAAACUCCUUUGUUGGCGUUCAAUAUUUAUUUCACAUUUUUAUUUAUUAAUUUUAUACUAUUUUAAUCAGACCACUCCCCACCCUUUGCGCACCCCUCCUCCCCCCCAAGGGCACCAUGAGAGGGAGAUGAAUGGAAUGGGAGCAAAAAUACCAGUUCAACAUGAGAUAGGCCACACGGGAAAAUAUCUUCAUAUAACUCCUAGUUAUAAUUUUGAUGCAACCAAGUUAUUUUUAUAUAUUUUGUUAUUUAUUCUUUUAAUAAUGGAAUUUUUAAAAAAGUAUUUUGUAAUUGAGGGAUUUUGAUAAUUUGGGGCUUUUCCCCCCUGGCCCAAUGGAGAGAGAGACACGCGAUGGUUUUCUUUUUCCUGCCUGGGUCCCUUUCGUUUCGGCACCUCCAGCAGAUGGCGCCCUGCGCUCCGGCUUGUUCCCGGGCGGCGGCGCGUGCGCGUGCGCGUCCUCUCGCCAGGAGGUUUUGUCCUGACUGCGUCGUGCUUCUGCUAAGGAAUACUGCCAACUGUAGUACCAGCCGCCUCCGCGUGGCGGCAGGUCCCCCUGUCCCGACAGCUCUAAUACUGUGACCCUCCUGCCUCAGGAAACGUGUUACACCCACAGCACUUCAUGAUGAACUUGCAGGGUGAUUUCCUAAUAAAAGUCCAUUUCUGAUUGU